CCGCGUCUUCCUUCCGGGUCGCGCGGGGCCGGGCCGCCGCGGUGGUGCCGCUGCGCGUGAGUUUGGGGCCGCCCUCGCGCCCGGGCCUCCCCGCGCCGCCAGGUCGCUGGCGAAGCCCAGGGCGCGCACUCUCCCGGACCCUGCAGGUACAAGCCUUCUUCUCUGCAGUUUCUGCCAUCCUGUUUCUCUCCGCCUCAUCGACUCCCCCUCUCACUUCAAAUCUCAGUGGUAAAAGAAUGUCACAUGUCAACAUUUGUACCUGAAGUCAAUGUGCCAUUUUCAGGCUGCAUGGAUGAAUGCCAACUUUUGCAUAUCCUAUGACCUUUCUAUCUGGGGAACAUCCUUCAGAGAGUUUAUGCAUCUUAUGGAAGACACCUGACCUUUUGAAGCUUCAUAAUUCACAUCUGCAUGUCACCAGUCUUCCCCAUGUUAACAGUUCUGACCAUGUUUUAUUACCUAUGCCUGCGGCGCCGAGCCAGGACAGCUGCGAGGGGAGAGAUGAUGAACAGCCAUAGAGCCAUAGAAUCAAACAGCCGGACUUCCCCUCUGAAUGCAGAGGUGGUCCAGUAUGCCAAAGAAGUGGUGGAUUUCAGCUCCCAUUAUGGAAGUGAGAAUAGUAUGUCCUAUACCAUGUUGAACUUGGCAGGUGUCCCAAAUGUUUUCCCGAAUUCUGGUGACUUCACUCAGACAGCUGUGUUUCGAACUUACGGAACAUGGUGGGAUCAGUGUCCCAGUGCUUCCUUGCCAUUCAAGAGGACACCGCCUAAUUUUCAGAGCCAAGACUUCGUGGAACUUACUUUUGAACAACAGGUGUAUCCUACAGCUGUUCAUGUUCUGGAAACCUAUCAUCCUGGAGCGGUCAUUAGAAUCCUAGCUUGCUCUGCGAAUCCCUAUUCCCCCAGUCCACCGGCUGAAGUAAGGGAAGUUUCUUUCUUUAGCAGAUGGGAGAUUCUUUGGUCAGAGAGACCUACGAAGGUGAAUGCUUCCCAGGCUCGCCAGUUUAAACCUUGUAUUAAGCAGAUAAAUUUUCCCACAAAUCUUAUACGGCUGGAAGUAAAUAGUUCUCUUCUGGAUUAUUACACUGAAUUAGAUGCAGUUGUAUUGCAUGGUAUGAAGGACAAGCCAGUACUUUCUCUCAAGACUUCACUUAUUGACAUGAAUGAUCUAGAAGAUGAUGACUUUGAAGAAAACAAUGAUUGUGGAAUGGACAGUCUUAACAAAAAACUUAGCAGCACCACCCUUGGGGAAGAGCCAAAUAAUGGAUACUUUGACAAACUACCUUAUGAGCUCAUUCAACUGAUUCUGAAUCAUCUUACACUACCAGACCUGUGCAGAUUAGCACAGACUUGCAAACUGCUGAACCAGCAUUGCUACGAUCCUCUCCAGUACAUCUAUCUCAAUCUGCAGCCUUACUGGGCAAAACUCAAUGACACCUCACUGGAGUUUCUGCAGGCUCGCUGCACUCUAGUCCAGUGGCUUAACUUAUCUUGGACUGGCAAUAGGGGCUUCAUCUCUGUUGCAGGAUUCAGCAGGUUUCUGAAAGUUUGUGGGUCCGAAUUGGUGCGUCUUGAAUUAUCUUGCAGCCACUUCCUAAAUGAAACUUGCUUGGAGAUUAUUUCUGAGAUGUGUCCACAUCUACAAGAGUUAAAUCUCUCUUCCUGCGAUAAGCUACCACCUCCAGCUUUCAACCAUAUUGCCAAAUUAUGUGGCCUUAAACGACUUGUUCUCUAUCGAACAAAAAUAGAGCAAACAGCACUGCUCAGCAUUUUGAACUUCUGCUCAGAGCUUCAGCACCUCAGUUUGGGUAGUUGUGUAAUGAUUGAAGACUAUGAUGUGAUCGCCAGCAUGAUAGGGGCCAAGUGUAAAAAACUGCGCACCCUGGAUCUGUGGCGCUGCAAGAACAUUACUGAGAACGGGAUAGCGGAGCUGGCCUCUGGGUGUCCGCUCCUGGAGGAACUUGACCUCGGUUGGUGUCCUACUCUGCAGAGCAGCACUGGGUGCUUUGCCAAACUGGCACGACAGCUCCCAAACUUGCAAAAACUCUUUCUUACGGCCAACAGGUCUGUGUGUGACACAGACAUUGAGGAACUGGCGUGUAAUUGUACCAGACUACGGCAACUGGACAUACUAGGAACAAGAAUGGUAAGUCCGGUGUCCUUAAGAAAACUCCUGGAAUCAUGCAAAGAUCUUUCCCUACUUGAUGUGUCCUUCUGCUCUCAGAUUGACAAUAGAACUGUGCUCGAGUUCAAUGGGAGCUUUCCAAAUGUGUUCAUAAAAAAGAGCUUUACUCAGUGACAUAUAUGUUCUGUAAUAAAAUCAGUGCUUUUGUGGGGUUA